GGGCCUUCAGACGCUGCUUACCCCAGUCCUUGCAAACAUCCUUGAAGCUGAUCAAGAGAAGUGCUGGGGUUUUGAUCAGUUCUUUGCAGAGACUAGUGAUGUACUUCACAGAAUGAUAAUCCAUGUGUUCUCACUGCAACAGAUGACAGCACAUAAGAUUUACAUCCAUAGCUACAAUACGGCUGCUGUGUUCCAUGAACUGGUCUAUAAGCAAACCAAAAUUAUCUCUUCAAAUCAAGAACUUAUCUACGAAGGACGACGCUUAGUACUAGAAGUUGGAAGACUAGCCCAGCAUUUUCCUAAAACCACAGAGGAAAAUCCAAUCUUUGUCAUAAGCAGGGAACCCCUAAGUACCAUAGGAUUGAUAUAUGAAAAAAUUUCCCUACCUAAAGUACAUCCACGUUACGAGUUAGAUGGUGAUGCUAGCAUGGCCAAGGCAGUGACGGGGGUUGUGUGUUACGCCUGUAGAAUUGCCAGUACCUUGCUGCUCUAUCAAGAAUUAAUGCGAAAGGGGAUUCGGUGGCUGAUUGAAUUGGUUAAGGAUGAUUACAAUGAAACUGUUCACAAGAAGACAGAAGUUGUGAUCACGUUGGAUUUCUGCAUCAGAAACAUUGAAAAGACUAUGAAAGUAUAUGAAAAAUUGAUGGAAAUCAACUUAGAAGCAGCAGAGUUGGAUGAAAUUUCAGACAUACAUACCAAAUUGUUGAGACUUUCCAGCUCUCAGGGAACCAUAGAAAGCAGUCUUCAGGACAUCAACAGCAGGUUGUCUCCAGGGGGUCUGCUGGCUGAUACCUGGGCACAUCAGGAAGGCACUCAUCCAAGAGACAGAAAUGUGGAAAAACUACAAGUCCUGUUAAAUUGCAUCACAGAGAUUUACUAUCAGUUCAAAAAAGACAAGGCAGAACGUAGACUAGCUUACAAUGAAGAACAGAUCCACAAAUUUGAUAAACAAAAACUUUAUUACCAUGCAACAAAAGCAAUGAGCCACUUCACAGAGGAGUGCGUUAAAAAGUAUGAAGCUUUUCUGGAUACUGCAGACGAGUGGAUGCGAAAGAUGCAUCUUCUCAGAAAACAGCUGUUAUCUCUAACCAGUCAGUGCUUUGACAUCGAAGAGGAAGUGUCCAAGUAUCAAGACUACACUAAUGAGUUACAAGAAACUCUGCCUCAGAAGAUGCUUGCAGCCUCCAGUGGUGUCAAGCACUCCAUGGCCCCAGUCUACCCCAGUUCUAACACUUUAGUGGAGAUGACUCUCGGUAUGAAGAAACUGAAGGAAGAGAUGGAAGGCGUGGUUAAGGAGCUGGCUGAGAACAAUCAUAUUCUAGAACGGUUCGGGGCUUUAACUAUGGACGGUGGUCUCCGCAGCGUGGACUGUCUUUAGUGCUCUAGGGACUCUGGGGAGUUGUAGUUUGCACAAGAAGAUAACACUGAAGCACGAAAUGAACGCUCCUAUAGGUGGUUCUUAUUUCUACAAUUCAGUAUUUGAUGAGGUCAUGUAAAUAUGUACAGUUUGUAAAUACAUAAGAAAUAUAUAAAUUUUUGGCUGCUGUUGAGAUGUAAUUUUGCCUUUUAACAUUUGUAAGUACACAAGGCAGACCUCAGUGAGCUGUAGAAGAAAGCCAUGACCAGCUGAUGCUUUGGGAUGCUGUCCCCAGUUCUUCAAGCAAGGCUGGAGAAAUCUAUUGCUCGGUGCCUAAGGAAAGUGUUUUUAAAUCAGCAUCCUUAAAAAUCAGAAAGGACUGAUAGUUGACACCUUGUGAACGGUGGAGUGACGGGAUUUUGUGGAGAACAGAGCCGACCACUGUUCACCAGGGUCAGCUCCUGUGACAAGGAUGAAGUGGCAUUAUUUCAUUUUACAAGGUGCCCAGAUUUUGGUUCUCCUCGUAUGUUUAGUUUCAGGUGAAUUAUUGAGCAAAAAAUUGAAGUGAACUUAUUGUUUAAACUAUUCAUUUUUCCUUUGGUCAUAAAUGUGUAAUUGUCAUUCAGAUUCCAGUAUCAUUUCAAUUGUUUUAAGCUGUAUAUUUCUGUACUUUAAUUCUGCUAUUUCAUGAAAUACUCUGCUUACUAUUUCAUGAAAAAAUAAAUUUCUGAAUUUUAAUGUAA